AUGGACAUCCAGAUAUCCCCGGCCUCGGAAGGUUUUCUUAAUGUCGACAUCUUGGAAAGAAACGUACUCCUAGUGGCAGCUCGUUAUGCUGUCCCAACUCUGUGUCAGAUCGUUUCAGAGCAGAAUAACGAUGUCAAAAUAAUCCAACUUACUGAUGAGGGUGGCUGUACGUCCACAUCUUCUAUCACGCCAUUUUUGAGAAAAUUAGCUGAACGAGGAACUAUUUACACGGCUAAGCUAAACUCGUCCGUGUUUAGCGGUUUGAAUGAACCUCAGCUACAGUGCUCAGUGGUGGCUUGUGGAGAUUUAUGCAUUCAGUUCUUUGAAAUAUUUUUUGAAGCUUUCUAA